GCCUCUCCCUCCUUCAAAAGUGUUAUGUCGCACCCUGGCGUUGUUUACAUUGGGGCUGCGGUGGCAUUCAUCUUGACUCUUGCUUAUAGCUAUGCGCGCCGCCGUUACGCAAUUCCCCUGCCGCCAGGGCCUAAACCAUGGCCCAUAAUAGGAAAUCUCUUCGAUAUGCCGACCAAGUUCGAGUGGGAGCAAUAUGCAAGCUGGGGGAGGGAAUUCAACAGCAGCGUGGUUCACCUUUGCGUUGCCGGCCAGUCGAUCAUCGUACUCAAUUCGUAUGACGACUGUAUCGAGCUACUGGAAAAGCGCUCGAAGUUAUACUCCAGCCGCCCGCCACUCGCAAUGGCGAUGGACAUCAUGAAGAUGUAUUACAAUAUGGCUCUACUACCCUACGGCGAUAGGUGGCGCGCGCGUCGCCGCUUGGUUCACGGAAUGAUGCACAAGACUGCUUCCGCUCAGUACCAUCCUCUCGAAUUGAAGGCGACCCAUUCUUUCCUUCGUGCGAUGCUGGCUGCUGGAGAAGAUGAUCUCGAGUGCGAGUUGCGACACAUGGCGGCUAUCGUCAUCCUAGGCGCCGCAUAUGGCCUCGACAUCCCUACGAAGGACGAUCCCCACGUUGUAGAGGCUGAAGCGGCCUUGCGCAUCAUCUCGGAAGUGUCAAUGCCAGGCAACUACCUCGUCAAUGUUCUUCCCUUCCUAAAGCAUCUGCCCGAAUGGUUUCCGGGCGCUGACUUUCAACGUCAAGCUCGUGAAUGGGGCGACACGGUCCAAUGUGUGGUUGAGAAACCAUUUCAAGAGGUUAAGCAGAGAACGAUACCGCUGAUGCCCUCCUUCACUUCAAUUGCCCUCGAAAAAGGCGUCGAGGAUGAUAUCAUCCGGGACGCGGCUGGGACCAUGUACAAUGCCGGUACAGAUACAACCAUGGUCACUGUCGAGAACUUCAUACUCGCCGCACUCGACAAUCCGUCUCUACAGACUCGAGCACAAGCAGAGCUUGAUAGCGUUCUUGGUCCCCUGCAGACGUCCAGCGGGCUGCCAGGCCGUCUCCCGGAGAUGUCGGACGAAUCACAGCUCCCAUUCGUUACAGCGCUCGUGAUGGAGACCUUCCGUUGGAAGGCGGUGACACCCAUUGCUCUUCCGCACAUGUAUAGUGGCGAGCAGCCUGACAUAUACAAGUCGUAUGCCAUCCCAAGAGGCUCCAUCGUCAUUCCCAAUGUCUGGGCCAUGCUACGAGACGAGUCGAUCUACCCGGAACCAGAUGUUUUCAAGCCUGAACGUUUCCUCAACGCCGACGGGACACUCAACACGAGCGUGCGCAACCCAGAUGAGAUCGCGUUCGGGUUUGGUCGCCGCAUCUGUCCUGGACGUCGAAUGGCAUAUGCAUCGACGUGGAUUAUGGUCGCGUCGAUCCUGCGCGUUUAUAGCAUCGAAAAGGUCAAAGGGCCGGAUGGGGCUUUCAUCGAGCCUAGCUAUGAGUGGAAGUCUGGAUUGAUCCCGACACCGAAGCCUUUCAAGUGCCAUUUUGUCCCCCGCGGCGCAGAGGCAGUGGCCUUGAUUCGGUCAACGGAGUUUAUGCAUGGGUAAAGUCGAGACUCGAUUGUGAUCUCAUGUAAUCCCUGUAUAUGUGCACCACAUCGGCCGCGAACGAUAUCAUACGCGACUUACCUAUCGUAGUGCGCUUCGUCAUUUCGAGAGCUCUGAUAGCCAUAGCUACGCAUCAUCGUUGGGAUAGUUUACAUGCAUUUCCUUGCGAUGGAGACAGGCGACUAAUUAUACACGACGUUGCUUCCCAAAGGCGAGCAGACUGAACGACGCUCAGGCAUAGCAAAGGACGCGGUAAACCUCGAUCUUCUUCUCCUUCCCGCCGUAAGGGAUGAGCGCG